GUUGCCUCGCCCAGCCGGCCGAUUCCUGGACAGGCUGCGCCGAUAUCUUCCGGUCUUCCGUGUGUUCGGCUCGCCCGGCCAUCGUACUCGUCCGGUCUCUUUGUGUUACAAUGCCGCCAAAACAAUUGUCUGGUGCUGCGAAAAAAAGGAAGAGAAAGCAAGAUGAAAAGAUUAGGGAAUCGCAAAGAGGCGAUUUGAAUAAGUAUUUUCCAGUUAAAAGUAAUGUUGAUGUCAACAACAAUAAUCAGAGGCCAAUAUCUGAUCCUGGACAAGCUGAUGAGGAUAAUACAGAUGAAGAUGUUGAGGUCCAUGAACAGUCCUCAAAUAAUAAUGAUGAUGAUAAUGUUAAUGAGGACAAUAUGGAGGAAGAAAAUUUACAGCCUUCAUCUAAUCCUAAUGGUGAUGAUCAAGAUGAUUCUCUUUUAUCUAUGUAUGAUCCAAGAACAUGGGAUAAUCUUGACAACUACAAACGGGAUAUAUUGAUUGAAAAGGGGCCUCUCAGAGAACCGAAUCUACAAUUCCGUAAGAAUGCCGAUGGUAGACAUUUUUCUUAUGAUUAUUACUCCAGAAAAGAUAAUGGGUUCGAUAAGAGUAUUGAGAGUGCGAAAGCCAUUGCAUCAGGUAUGGGCAUAGAACCAAUAUUUCGUAUAAAACGUCAAAGUAAAAGGAAGAGGCAUUUUGAUGAAAUCAAUGAUGAUGAGGAAGAACUACAACUAUCAGCUAUUGAAUCCUUCAGAGUUAAUUACUUUCUUGUAGUUGUUGAUGCUACAAUUGCUUCACUGGAGGAUCGGUUUGAGCAGUUGAACGCAUUUGCAAAGGUGUUUGGUUUCUUAUUCAACUCAAAAAAUCUGAAGUCCUUGGAUGAUAGUAAUCUGCAAAAUAAUUGCACUACUUUUGCACAAACUUUUAAUCAUAAUAAGGCGUGUGAUGUUGAUCUUGAUGAUUUUGUUUCUGAGUUAAAGGUUCUCCAAGUAACAUUGCCAGAUGAUUUGUCGAGUGCUUGA